CGACUUUGCCCAUUUCAAAAUGGUCGUGGUCCAGAUCAAGCUCGGCGAGCAAGACGGCUUCCUCUACGAGGCGACGUGCGCGACGCCCAACGACCAUCUCGUGCGCGACCUCGUCCACGUGCACAACGCGCGCAUCCGGCUCGCGAGCCUCAACGCGUACGUGCCCGGGCUCUUCACGCACGGCGUGGCCAAGCACCCGCAGAACCAAGGCAUCGACUCGUAUGCAACCGACCAAGUGCGCAAGGAAGAGUUCUACGAAGAGGACCCGCUCGGCCAGCGCACGGGCAAUGGCGUGUGCCCGAGCCUGCGCGAGACGCUCGGGCGCAUGGUCGAGGACGUCAAGGCGUACCUCAAGAGCAACAUGCGCGAGCCAGUGCUGCUGCCAGCGCUCCAGGAGAAGCUCGACAACUUUCGCGGGAUCGUCAUGAUGGGCUUUCCAAUGGGCCUUCCCGAGUACGACAUUGUCCAAAUGCUCUUGGACGGCAACGACGAGGAGGCACUCGCGGGCCUGCAGGCGAGCCAGGACCUCAUGGACCCGGCCACCGCCGAGCUCUGGUGGGCGGGCAAGCAGUUCUUCCGCGACGAUACGGUCGGCGACCGCGUCGGAAAGAACGAGAAGACCAAGGUCAUUGCGCGCCUCGCCCGCAAGAGCGGCGGUGCGCCGCAGCGCGAGCCGGCCGUGUCCGAGGACGAGCGCAAGGCCAUGAUGGCGCACUACUUCAAGAAGCAAGAGGAGCUCAAGAAGCUCGCGGACGAAGACGAAGACGACUACCUCCACUCGUCGUGGGCGAACCCGUCGGCGCUCAAGAACCAGCUCCGUGGCACCAACAACCUCCGCCCGUUCUAAGUACCCUGUGAACCAAAUGAUUUGUAUAAACGCUA